AUGCCGAAACGAGCAACGGCCACAUUUUUCAACGACGGACGCGAACAAGAGCUACACGAAUAUAUCCUCUCCCGACCAGACCUCGAGACAGGCCUCCGCAACAACCCAAAGGCCAUCGUGCACGCCAUCGAAGAAUUCACACGCCAACAGCGGAUGAUAAUCUACUCAGAGACCAAGCUCGAGAAGUCGCGCUCGAUCCUCGCAGAGAUGGACCCCCCACCGAAAGUCCUCCUCGAGGCCGGCACGUACGUGGGCAACUCGGCCAUCGCGUGGGGCGACAUGCUGAGGACAAUCAACGGAGGGAAUGCUGAGGGCGUCAAGGUGUAUACCUUCGAGCUGGACGAGGAGUUCGUCAAGAUCGCGCGCGAGCUGGUGGAGUUGGCGGGCCUUUCUGACAUCGUCACUGUGAUCCAGGGAAAGUCGACGGAUUCGAUCCGGACCCUGAAAGAGGAGUCUGGGCUUGACCAGAUCGAUGUCCUUUUUCUCGACCACUGGGAGGAGGCGUAUUUGCCUGACCUGCAACUCUGCGAGGAUUUGGCAUUGUUCCACAAGGGUUCGGUUGUUCUUGCGGAUAACACUGACUACCCCGGUGCGCCGGAGUAUGUCAAGUACGUCAAAGCAGGUGGCCGCGGGGAGCAGGGCCAUGUCAAGUAUGAGAGCGUGAGCUAUGCCACGGCAUCUAAAGCGGGAGCGCCGGUGAGUAUCUCUCUCUCCAGUGGCUGCGUUGCAGUGGAAGUGACUGACUUAUUGUGA